GCCCCGCGAGCCCUCGGACACCGACGAGGGCCAGGGCUGGCCCGAGAGCGGCAACGACAACGCCAGCAGGACCAUGUCCCCGGCGGCGGAGCGGCUCCGGUACAUCCUGGGGGAGGAGGACGAGCCCCCCAACCCCACGCUGUUCACGGAGAUGGACACGCUGCAGCGCGACGGCGACGACAUGGAGUGGAAGGAGUCAGCCAGGUGGAUCAAGUUCGAGGAGAAGGUGGAGGAGGGCGGUGAGAGGUGGAGCAAACCCCACGUGUCCACGUUGUCCCUGCACAGCCUCUUUGAGCUGCGGACGUGUCUCCAGACAGGAACGGUGCUCCUGGACCUGGACGGAUACUCCUUGCCCCAAAUUAUUGACGAUGUCAUCGAGAAGCAGAUCGAGGACGGGCUGCUGAAGCCGGAGCUGCGGGAGAAGCUCAGCUACGUCCUCCUGCGCAAGCACCGCCACCAGACCAAGAAGCCGAUCCACCGCUCGCUGGCCGACAUCGGCAAAUCCGUGUCCUCCAACAGCGCCCGCAGCCCCGUGCGGGGCCCGGCCGCCGGCGCCGCCUUCCACCGCUCCACCGAGGACCUGCGGCUGCGGCAGAGCGCCAGCUACGGCCGCCUGCGUCACGCCCAGAGCCGGAGCAUGAACGACAUCUCAGACACCCCGAGCACUGACCAGCUGAAGAACAAGUUCAUCAAGAAGAUCCCCAAGGACGCCGAGGCCUCCAACGUGCUGGUGGGGGAGGUGGAGUUCCUGGAGAAGCCCUUUGUGGCCUUCGUGCGGCUGCUCCAGGCCACCAUGCUGGGCGGGGUGACGGAGGUGCCCGUCCCCACCAGGUUCCUCUUCAUUCUCCUCGGCCCGGCGGGAAAAGCCAAGUCCUACAACGAGAUCGGCAGGGCCAUCGCCACUCUCAUGGUGGACGAUCUCUUCAGCGACGUUGCCUACAAAGCCCGGGACAGGGAGGACCUGAUCGCCGGCAUCGACGAGUUCCUGGACGAGGUCAUCGUCCUCCCGCCCGGCGAGUGGGACCCCAACAUCCGCAUUGAGCCUCCCAAAAAAGUGCCCUCAGCUGAGAAGAGGAAGUCGGUGUUCUCGCUGAACGAGGUGGGGCAGAUGAACGGUGCGGCCGGCGGGGCGGGCGCCGGGGGCGGCGGCGGCGGCAGCGACGAUGGGGAGAUGCCCGAAGUCCACGAGAUUGGGGAGGAGCUGGCCUGGACUGGCAGGUUUUGUGGUGGCCUCUACCUGGAUAUCAAGAGGAAGCUGCCCUGGUUCCCGAGCGACUUCUACGAAGGUUUCCAUAUCCAGUCCAUCUCCGCCAUCCUCUUCAUCUACCUGGGCUGCAUCACCAACGCCAUCACCUUCGGGGGGCUGCUGGGGGACGCCACCGACAACUACCAGGGGGUCAUGGAGAGCUUCCUGGGCACAGCCAUGGCCGGCUCCAUGUUCUGCCUCUUCGCCGGGCAGCCCCUCAUCAUCCUCAGCAGCACCGGCCCCAUCCUCAUCUUCGAGAAGCUGCUCUUCGACUUCAGCAAAGGCAACGGGAUCGACUACAUGGAAUUCCGCCUGUGGAUCGGGCUGCACUCGGCCCUGCAGUGCCUUAUCCUGGUGGCCACCGACGCCAGCUUCAUCAUAAAGUACAUCACACGCUUCACCGAGGAGGGCUUCUCCACCCUCAUCAGCUUCAUCUUCAUCUACGACGCCAUCAAGAAGAUGAUCGGGGCCUUCAAGUACUACCCCAUCAACUCCGACUUCAAGCCCGACUACGUGACCAUGUACAAGUGCGAGUGCGUCGCCCCCGACCCAGCCAACGCGACCUUGUUCGAUGCUUCAGCUCCAGUGGCACCAAACACCACUAACGUGUCUCUGUCCAAUGCUCUCAACCUCACAGCUCUGGACUGGACCCAGCUGAGUAAGAAGGAAUGUCUCAAAUACGGCGGCAGCUUAGUGGGAAAAUCCUGCAAAUUCGUGCCCGACCUGGCCCUCAUGUCCUUCAUCCUCUUCUUCGGCACCUACUCCAUGACCCUGACCCUGAAAAAAUUCAAAUUCAGCCGCUACUUCCCCACCAAGGUCAGGGCUUUCAUUGCUGAUUUUUCCAAUGUCUUCUCCAUCCUGCUCUUCUGUGGAGUGGAUGCCUGUUUUGGACUGGACACUCCCAAACUCCACAUCCCCAGUAUCAUCAAGCCCACGCGCGUGGACCGGGGCUGGUUCGUGUUCCCCUUCGGGAAGAACCCGUGGUGGGUGUACCUGGCCAGCGCCCUGCCCGCCCUGCUGGUCACCAUCCUCAUCUUCAUGGACCAGCAGAUCACGGCCGUCAUCGUCAACAGGAAGGAGCACAAGCUGAGGAAGGCAGCUGGGUACCACCUGGACCUCUUCUGGGUGGGCAUCCUGAUGGCCGUGUGCUCCUUCAUGGGGCUGCCCUGGUACGUGGCCGCCACCGUCAUCUCCAUCGCCCACAUCGACAGCCUCAAGAUGGAGACCGAGACCAGCGCCCCGGGGGAGCAGCCCCAGUUCCUGGGGGUCAGGGAGCAGAGGGUGACCGGCAUCAUCGUCUUCGUGCUGACGGGCAUUUCGGUUUUCCUGGCUCCUAUCCUGAAGUACAUCCCCAUGCCGGUGCUCUACGGGGUCUUCCUCUACAUGGGCGUGGCGUCGCUGAACGGCAUCCAGUUUUGGGAUCGCUGCAAGCUCUUCCUGAUGCCGGCCAAGCACCAGCCCGACUACGUCUUCCUGCGGCACGUCCCGCUGCGCCGCAUCCACCUCUUCACCCUGGUGCAGAUCGUCUGCCUGGCCGUGCUCUGGAUCCUCAAAUCCACCGUGGCCGCCAUCAUCUUCCCCGUCAUGAUCUUGGCCCUGAUCCUGGUGAGGAGGCUCCUGGAUUUCGUCUUCUCCCAGCAUGACCUGGCCUGGAUAGACAACAUCAUCCCCGAGAAGGAGAAGAAGAAGGAGGAUGACAAGAAGAAGAAGAAAAAAGGCAACAAAGGCGACAGCAGCAGUGAUGAGGAGGAAAGAGGGCCUCCACCUGGAGCUUUGCGCUCUGACUCCUCCCCGAACGGCUCGGACAUGGAUCGCAGCAUCACCCUCCACCUGAAGAUCUCGUGCCCGUCGUCUCCCGCCUUUAACUACUCCCGCAACCCCAUCUGUGCCGUGCCCCAGGUGAAGAUCGAGAUGGAGUCGGAUUACGAGGACAGCGACACGGAGAAGGCCCCGCGGGACAUGGGCAGCGAGACCACGCUAUAGCCCCGCCCGCCGGCACCCAGCAUUCACCUAAUUUAUGUCUAGGCUAGGUAGAUAGCGCCGCGGGCAGCACGGGGGAAGGAAACUGGGGCCGUUCCUCUGCCGGGCGCCGGCGGCCCCGGUGGCCCCACGCCCUGGCGGAUUUAGGGCCCCACACCCCGGUGGAUUUUAGGGUCCCGUGCCCCAGUGGAUUUUAGGGCCCCACACACUGGCAGAUUUCAGGGCUGUGUGCUCUGGAAUUUCCCUCUCUUCCCACUGGGUGAAGGCAACGCCGCUGGCGGCGAAACGGGGCCAGAAAGGUGGGAUUGGUGAUUUUGGCACAGGAAGGGUGGGAUUGGUGAUUUUGGCACAGGAAGGGUGGGAUUGGUGAUUUUGGCACAGGAAGGGUGGGAUUGGUGAUUUUGGCACAGGAAGGGUGGGAUUGGUGAUUUUGGAUGCAGAAAGGAGGAAGCACCUGGGAUGGAGGAGGCUCCUGGGUUGGGGUUGAGGAAGAGAAGGCAGCUGGGAUGGGGAUGAGGAGGAGAAGGAGGAAGUACAGCAAGAUGGGGAUGAAGAGGAGAAGGCUCCUGGGAUGAGGAGGAGGAGGCAGGACAGGGAUGAAGAGAGGGCUCCUGGGAUGAGGAGGAGGAGGGAGUCAGGAAUGGUUCCUGAUGGAAUGCAGGCUGGUUUCCACAGGGAAAUGGGAUCAGUGGCUGCAGCAAAGCCCUUUGGUCGCCCACCCCACAUCCUCACCCUGGACUCUGCCAGGCUGGGAACAGCCCCAUCCCUCCCUGGAGGAUUCCCCUGAUGGGAAAUCCAAGGAUCCUCCCUGGAGGAAUCCCCUGGCUGGGGGAACCUGAGGAUCCUCCCUGGAGGAAUCCCGGGAUUCCCUCUGGCUCUGCUGCCCAGGGGCUCCAUUCCCACCCAGCACUGGGAGCAGAGGGGGAGAGCAGCCCCUGCCCCCCGUGCUCCCAGUUCCACCCAGCAGCUCCUGCCAGGGCCCAGCAGCAUUUUGGGGUCCCCAGGGGGCUCUUCCCACCCGGCUGGGGAUCCAGGCUCCCUCCAGCUUUUCCCAGCUAUGCCAAGGCUUUAAAGGAAUUUUCUUUUUCUCCACCCACGGCCCAGGCCCAGCCCUGGUUUAGGAACGCUGGUCCCAGCACCCCUGGAAUUGAUUGCUUCUCAUUUUUCCUGGGUGAAUCCUUCAGGCUUUUCCCUCCCAGAGCCCCCAGGCCCUUCCCCGUGAGCAGAACUGACCUGACACUGACACCAGCGAAACACUGGGACACCAGUGACACACUGUACAUAGGACACCAAACACUGCAACCAGGACACCAGUUCAGCCCUGUAACUGGGCACCAGUUCAGCCCUGUAACUGGGCACCAGUUCAGCCCUGUAACUGGUCUGUUCCUGACCCCUGUAAAUACCCAAAUCCUCUGAGACUCAAAGGCCGUUUCCUGUUCAUGGCAUUCUCGUUCUGGUUCUGGCGCAGCUCUGGGGACUCGAGGCAGUGCCCAGAGCCUGCCCUGGCAGUGCCCAGACCCCUCCUGUAGCUCCUGUCCCCACCCUGUGCCAGCUGCAGAGUGUUCUGGGCAGGUUUAAGGUUUUAGUCCUGGUUUAAUUUGCUCUCUGUGCUGCCCAGGCUCUCUGGGCUCAGUUUGUCCCUUCUGGGCGAGGUUCCCCCGAGGUUUUGGGGUUUUUUUGUGCCAGGUCUCAGCCUCCAGCACGGCACUGCUGAACCAGGUUGGAUUUCUCAUGCCACAACCCAAUAAAAACCUU